CCCGCUCUCCGCGCAGCGUCUCGGCGGCGGGAUUGGGCAGGGGCCGGGCCGUAGCGUCCGGCGGACACAGGGAAUCUUCUGCAAAAGGGAUUGUUCUUGCUAGUGACUGCUCGUCUAGUGGAGGAUGGAUAAAUGGAUUGCAUCAGGAAAGAGUAUUUGUCUUGAAAAUGCUUCAGUGAUAUUAAGGUCUGGUUAGGAGAAGCAGCAUUUUCUCAUCUACUGGCUCUGCAGUCUGAGCACAAGGGUAUGCUAUGACUGGUUUCAGACUGCCCAUCACUGCCUUUAGAAAACUAAAUGUCUGGCUUGGAGUCUGGGAGAAAUUUCCCUCUAAUAAACUCUGUGUGUCCUGGAGGAGACGUAUAUACUCUAUCCACCAAUCCAGUAUAAUAAACUACAGAAAACACUUCAGCAUUUCUCCUGCGAUACAUGAUGUAUUUUUAAGACCGCCUUCAAAAUGUAUUUCAGUGCCUUGUGUACGACUUAAAAGUGACAAAAGUUCUAGAAAGAAAAAACAACCCCUGCAGGAGGAGGACGAGGAGGAGGAGGAGGAAGAGAGAAGUGAUUCAGAAGAUGAAUUUGAAAAUGACCCCAAUAUAGUGAAAGAUUACAAGGAUCUUGACAAAGUAGUCCAGUCUCUUCGUUAUGAUAUAAUAAUGAAAUCUGGUCUAGAUAUUGCAAGAAACAAAGUGGAAGAUGCAUUCUAUAAUGGUGAACUCAGGCUGAAUGGAGAAAAAUUGUGGAAGAAAAGCAGAACUGUGAAAGUUGGUGACACACUGGAUCUCAUAGUAGGGGAGGAUAAAGAAACAGAAACUGCUGUAGUUAUGCGAGUUGUCUUUAAAAAAGCAUCAGAAAAGACUGAAAGUGAAAAAUACAAAGUGGUUUUGCGGCGCUGGAAAAAUUUAAAAGUGCCCAAGCAGGAUGUAUUUAAGUGACAAGGAUUUGCAUAUGGCAGCAUGAGACUUCUUAUGGAAAACCAUUUCAUUUGUUGCUAAAUAUGCAUUUUGGUUAAACAAAAUUCUUGCACCCUAUCUAAGGGCUUGUAAUAGAAUGUUACCUCCUUGCCAUAUGCACCAUUCAUAUCUUGUGAUAGUCUGUCAGUUUACUCUGUUCUAUUCAUUUUUGUUUCAUGGUAAAUUGGAAAAAGCUUUAUUUCCAGACAGUUUUCCUAAAGAACAUAUAUCAUGGUUGGGUAAAGGCUAGAUAGAUCUCUGCUGCUUGACAGUUGUCUCUGAUUUUGUUAAUCAAAAUGAUUAACAAGUGGAAGAAUGUUUCUGGCUGUGAGACUUAACUUAUUUUUCUAACCUUGUCCCUCAGCAGUGUCACUCUAAGAGGAUGAAACCUUUUUCAAAUCUAAAAACCCAAAGGAGGGAGACAAGAUGAUUUAAUGGCCUUUUCCCUCCUAUGGUCACUGAUUUGAUUCGGAUUCAGUUGAUAGUGACAGAGUCACUACCAUCUGAUUCUUGUCAGUUGCCUCUGUGAAAUGUGUUGGUGGUCAUGUCCAUAUUACUACUGGCCAGUUUGGCUAUUUUCAAGUGGCCAGGAAUUAACUGGGGAAUGGCUGAGGAGACACUCACGUCGUGACUGAGAGGCACAUUGGAAGAUCAGGAAGAGGGAGCUUACACUACUAUCACUUUAUAUUGUAUAGUAGCUGUGCAGAACAUGAGUGGAAGAUUUCAGCCUUAUGCCCUCAAUUCAUUGAAUAUUAAAUAAAGAGUACUUAAUGCUUAAACUGGGAGUUAGUUGUACAGCGUUCUUCCAAGACCUGUAUAAGGAUGAUAAUAAAAAGCAAAAAUAGU